AUGUGUGGGACAGCAGCCCGGGAAGCCCAUCCAUCCAUCAUCGUCUUUUGUCGACCCAGCGAGUUUAGCUGUUUGAGGUCACUCCUCAACAGUAAACACCUCAAGUUGCAGUAUUGUCUACGCAAGUCGUCUCCGAGAUACUCUUGGAAAAGCUGGGGGAAGAGCGUUCAAGCAAACCCGUCUGACGCCUUCAAGCCGUUGUUCAAUCUGUACUUUUGGAGAGCUCAAAGACCACGCAUCCUGUAUUCGCACCAGCACCCUAUGGAGUCUAUCUCAGUUUUCAUUGAGGCACCAAACAGUCCGCAUGCCAGGCUCACCGCGUCAGGCCGCAUCGUCGCCAUCCCGCACCUAUCAGGAGGAGGACACUCUACUUCGACAAUUGGUUGCAUUCUUCAAGUUGAUUCAAGAUUCUACGGACUAACAGCCGCACACCUGCUUGAUCGAGAAAUGGAGAUCUCACGACGGCACAAACUGAGAAGCCCUCCCCAUAGCCACUUGCGUUGUCUGAAGGCACAAGAACCAGAUUCGAUCUCAUUUGCCACGCAAUCAAUGGCCAGCCCCUCGGACGAUGGAUCUAGCACGACUUCAGGUUAUGGCAUGGUCGAAUCGACUUACACCGCACACACUUCCAUUCCUGACUCGGUCUUGUAUGAUCAGAUCAGCGAUGACGAUGAUGAUUUCGUGGAUGAUGUCGAGUACCAGGGCCUAGAAGAAAAUGAUCAAGAAGCGCCAAGGGUAGUUGAAGGCCCUGAGUCACAACCCCUUCCGUUUGAGACCUUCCCGACACACCAUCCCGCAACCUUUGCUCCUUCCAGUUGCUCUGAAUUAUGCGAAUACAGCAGAAUUCCAGACAAUGAUUGGGCCUUGGUCGCCAUGAACGUAGCAGAACCUCAGCUACCCAACGCCUUUUUUGACGCCAGUCAGACGUGCCAGCCAACGUUUUUCUCAAGCACGCCGGGCAGCUUGCCUGAGGAGGACACCCCUGUACUCAUUGUUGCUUCAAAGCAAAGAGUAUUGUGUGGGAUGCUGCAGCCGGUGCCUUCUUUUCUGGGAGGCAUCACGCGCAAGGGGCAGGCUGAGUACUGGACAGUCGUCUUGUCAAAGGGAGGAGCGUUGUGCACAGGGGACUCUGGCUCUGUUGUCAUAGGGGGCAACAGUCCAAAUUUUGUCUUUGGGCACGUGGUGGGAUCAAACCCUCUCGGCGAAGUCUAUGUAAGUCCGCUCGAAGCCACGAUGAAUCAAAUCAUGGGAUUGCUGGAGACGACACAUGUCUCUCUUCCAGAGCCACUCCCACUAUUGAGUGGUCUCGCCACUUAUCACCUCCGGAAAGGGGACGAUUAUGCUUUUGAGCUUUUGAACUACCUGGAUGGCCUCAUACAAACAAGCCAGCAGACAUCAGAUUGGUCGUCGCUAGAAUCAUGGGCUUUGUGCUAUCAGCGACUUGAGCUCUUGGAGACUGUAAAGAACAGUUUGCGGGUGGCGAAAGAUCUGGAAAAGGUUCGGAUAUUACAAAAGUUCUCGCCCGAUCAUUCAGAGAAAGUCUUGGGUUUGGACUUGAUGUUCGUGGCGGAAUCGACCGCCAUAUCAACGACAAUAAAGACCGGAACAUCGACCAUCUUCACGGAGGAUACAGAUGAUUCCGAUUACGAGUUUGAUGGCGCCCUCACCCCGAAGGAGCCUGAACGUACGCCUAGAAAUAGCAUUGAUGGGGAUGGCCGUGAUUCAAGCGCCACACCUGGAGUCUCACACCAUGGCUUUAACAGUGAACAAAGUAGGGCAAACGACAAAGUUAGUGGCCAACGCUCUGUCCAAUUCGCAGACGACCUGCGCUCUCCAGAUGAAUAUCACCGGGUCGACCGCUUCGAUGAGGAUGCAGGCAUCGUUGAGGAUCCCAGCGGAUCAUCACAACAAAGAAUACGGUCCGGUCAUGCUUAUCCGGCUUGGCCACGGCUGUCCAUCGAAGACGAUCUGGUUUAUCAACACCUCAUGACAUCGCGACCACGCCGGCCGCCUAGUUACGAGGAAACAGUCACCUUUCCACAUGAAACGCUACCAGGGUACUCUUGCGACAUCGAUGUAGAAGGUGUCUUCAUGCGCAAGAUGGAAAUCACGAACACGAUUCAGCGUGCCGAGGACCGACAGUGGCGAAUGGUCUACAUUACCCUCCACGGUACAGCUCUGAAUAUCUACGGUGUCAAGAAAAGUUGGCAGUGGGGGCUCACCAGGGACGAUGGUCCCAGCGUUGACCCUGACAAUCCACCAUGGAUAGACCAGGGGAAGCUGGUGAAGAGCUAUGGCUUACAGCAUGCUGAGGCUGGAAUCGCAGCCGAUUACAAGAAGCGACGUUAUGUGAUCCGACUACGAGUAGAGACAGACCAGUUCUUGAUCUCUUGUGUUGAACUCUCCACCUUUGUCAGGUGGCUCGACUGGUUAAAUGCGGCGAUCAAAGUUGCGGCACCCCUCGAAGACAGGGACUUUCCUUUCGACUACAGUGUUCCACGGAUAGAGCGUAUACGGCGUUUUCGUGGUCAAGCGACAACACCAGACCUGGAUCUUGACCUGUCGAGUAGACCCAAUUUGCCGCGAUCAAGCACAGCCGAUAUAAACGACGACGUAGCUGUUGGCUCUGGUCCGAACUCACCUAGCGUUGAGGGUGACUUAUCACGGCGCUGGGACUCUUUUGACCCCAGAUUGUCAGCUGACUCAUUCCCAAAAGACUCGAUUGAUCCAGUGACGGGGAAAUGGUUUCCACGGCACGAAUGGGGGAGUGCGCACGACAUGCUAUACGCCAAGCUAUGCUACUCCAACCUCCUGUUCAAGAGCCCCCGGAGGAGCUCUUAUGUCAUUUCUAAUGGUAAGAGAUGGUUUGUCGAUUGGCCCACGGGUAGGAUGGUUCGGGUGUUGCCCCCCACGUACGGAGAGGUUGAUUACAAUGGGCCGUGGCAGGCUGUCCAUACUGAGAAUGGGCGGAUCUAG